UCGGCGGUGGAGACCGGAGGGCGCGGGUCUCCGAGCGGCAGCUCGCUCGCGGCGAGCCGGCCCGAGCCCGGGCGGCGGGUUCUUCGCCAUGCCGGGGAUGGUGCUGUUCGGCCGGCGCUGGGCCAUCGCCAGCGACGACUUGGUCUUCCCGGGGGUCUUCGAGCUGUUCGUGCGAGUGCUGUGGUGGGUCGGCAUCCUGACGCUGUAUCUCGUGCACAGAGGGAAGCUGGACUGUCCUGGUGGUGUCCUGCUCAGCAGCUACCUGAUCGUGCUCAUCAUUCUCCUGGCAGUUAUCAUAUGCACCGUGUCAGCCAUCGUGUGUGUCAGCAUGAAAGGGACCAUUUGUAAUCCUGGACCACGGAAAUCCAUGCCGAAGCUGCUCUACGUGCGCCUGGCUCUCUUUCUGCCAGAGAUGGUCUGGGCGUCCCUGGGGGCCGCCUGGAUAGAGGACGGUUUUCAGUGCGACAGGACGGUGGGGAACGGCAUCAUUGCGACUGUCGUGGUCAGCUGGACCAUCAUCGCCUCCACCGCAGCCACCAUUGCGAUCGUCUUUGACCCGCUGGGGGGGAAGGCGGCUCCGUGUCCCGCUGCGGCCCCCCAUCACCUGGAGAGUCCUGAGUCCAGCCAGUUGCUUAACGGCCUCAAGACGGCAGCUACAAGCGUGUGGGAAACGAGAAUCAAGUUCCUGUGCUGCUGCGUCGGCAAAGACGACCGUACUCGAGUUGCUUUUUCGAGUACGGCAGAGCUUUUCUCAACCUACUUUUCAGACACAGACCUGGUGCCCAGCGACAUUGCGGCCGGGCUCGCUCUUCUCCACCAGCAGCAGGACAGCGUCAGGAACACCCAGGAGCCUGACCAGGUGGUCAGCCGUUCCCCAGGGCCCUCCCAGGAAGCUGAUUUGGAUGCAGAAUUAGAAAACUGCCAUCACUAUAUGCAGUUUGCAGCAGCUGCCUAUGGGUGGCCUCUCUAUAUUUACAGGAACCCUUUCACCGGGCUGUGCAGGAUUGGUGGUGACUGUUGCAGAAGCCGGACAACCGAUUAUGACUUGGUUGGAGGUGAUCAGCUCAACUGUCACUUUGGCUCCAUCCUGCAGACGACGGGGCUGCAGUACCGGGAUUUCAUUCACGUCAGCUUUCACGACAAGGUGUACGAGCUCCCCUUCUUAGUGGCCCUGGACCACAGGAAGGAGUCGGUGGUGGUGGCAGUGAGGGGAACCAUGUCUCUCCAGGACAUCCUCACGGACCUGUCAGCAGAGAGCGAGCCGCUCGACCUCGAGUGUGAGGUGCAGGACUGCUGGGCACACAAGGGGAUUUCUCAAGCUGCCAGAUACGUUUACCGACGCCUCAUCAACGACGGGAUUUUGAGCCAGGCGUUCAGCAUUGCACCCGAGUACCGGCUGGUCGUCGUGGGGCACAGCCUGGGGGCGGGCGCCGCGGCGCUGCUGUCCAUCAUGCUCAGGACCCCCUACCCACGAGUCCGGUGUUACGCCUUCUCCCCGCCCCGGGGGCUGCUGAGCAAAUCCCUUUAUGAAUACUCUAAGACCUUCAUCGUGUCACUUGUUCUGGGCAAGGAUGUGAUUCCCAGGUUAAGUGUGGCCAACUUGGAAGAUCUGAAGCGGAGAAUCUUGCGCGUGAUUGCUCACUGCAACAAGCCCAAGUACAAGAUCCUGCUGCGCGGGUGCUGGUACGAGCUGUUUGGAGGGCACCCCGAGGACCUGCCGACGGAGCUGGACGGGGGCGACCUGACGCAGCCUCUCCUCGGCGAGCGGAGCCUGCUGGCGCACGGGUCCCCGGCCUACAGCUUCUCCAGCGACUCCCCGCUCGGGUCCCCCACCAAGUACCCACAUCUCUACCCUCCCGGCAGGAUCAUCCACCUGGAGGAAGUGGGCACUUCACGGAGGUUUUCCUGCUAUGCUGCUGCUCAGUACAGCGUGAAAUGGUCACACGAGUCGGAAUUCAGCAAAAUACUCAUCGGCCCCAAGAUGCUAACAGACCACAUGCCCGACAUCCUGAUGAGAGCCCUGGACAGCGUGGUGUCCGGCAGGGCCGCCUGUGUCUCCUGUCCGACCCAGGGAGGCUCCAGCGUGGACGUGGCGUAACCAGGGCAACUGGGAGCUGCUCGGGCCGUGGAUGCCACUCUUGUUCCGACAGUGACUUAACAUCUGAGUGAUUCCCGCGACGCCAAUACCUGGAUGUCCAUCGAUCGGAUUUCAGUGGUCUCCUGAAUGACUGAUUUGAGAAAUACUUCUGACCACAACAGUCACACAAUCAGGAGCCAGGAGAGCACUGAGGUGACGGCCCCCCGAGACUGAGCGGGCGUGACGCCCUUUCCUGCAGGCCUGCUGAUUCCCAGAGUCCCGCGGCCAGGUUUAAGGCCCUAACCGAUCUGUAGGCGCCCGCCCCUCAGGCCACCUUUUCAGUGACAGGGUCCUGCCUUAGGAGUUGGCACGCAGGUGUGCAGUGUCUUCUGCAAGCCGGACCUCCCCGCCUGCACAAACUCCGUAUC